ACUCCCGCGCCGCCGCCGCCGCCAGCGCCGCCGCUCCGGCCCAGCUCCCGCCGCGGCCCCUCGCCUCGUCCCCGCCGGCCGGCCCGGGGACGCGCAGGGGGCAGGGCGGGCGCCCCAGCGAAGCCCGAAGGACGCGCGCGCGAGGCCCUUUGUGGACUUCACGGCCGCCAACAUCUGGGCGCAGCGCGGGCCACCGCUGGCCGCCGUGCCGCCGCCGCCUCGCCUUGGGGACCGUAGGAGGCGCAGCCCCGAGGCCGGAGACUUCGUUUUGGGACGAGCCCCCCGGGAUGCGGUAGCGGCCGCUGUGCGGAGGCCGCCGAGCAGCUGCAGCCGCCGCCGCGCAGAUCCACGCUGGCUCCGUGCGCCAUGGUCACCCACAGCAAGUUUCCCGCCGCCGGGAUGAGCCGCCCCCUGGACACCAGCCUGCGCCUCAAGACCUUCAGCUCCAAGAGCGAGUACCAGCUGGUGGUGAACGCAGUCCGCAAGCUGCAGGAGAGCGGCUUCUACUGGAGCGCCGUGACGGGCGGCGAGGCGAACCUGCUGCUCAGCGCCGAGCCCGCCGGCACCUUCCUCAUCCGCGACAGCUCGGACCAGCGCCACUUCUUCACGCUCAGCGUCAAGACCCAGUCGGGGACCAAGAACCUGCGCAUCCAGUGCGAGGGGGGCAGCUUCUCGCUGCAGAGCGACCCCCGGAGCACGCAGCCGGUGCCCCGCUUCGACUGCGUGCUCAAGCUGGUGCAUCACUACAUGCCGCCCCCCGGCGCCCCCUCCUUCCCCUCGCCACCCACCGAGCCCUCCUCCGAGGUGCCAGAGCAGCCGCCAUCCCAGCCGCUCCCUGGGAAUCCCCCCAGGAGAGCCUAUUACAUCUACUCGGGGGGCGAGAAGAUCCCCCUGGUGUUGAGCCGGCCCCUCUCCUCCAACGUGGCCACUCUCCAGCAUCUCUGUCGGAAGACCGUCAAUGGCCACCUGGACUCCUAUGAGAAAGUCACCCAGCUGCCUGGGCCCAUUCGGGAAUUCCUGGACCAGUACGAUGCCCCGCUUUAAAGAGCAAAGGACAGGGGUCGGGGCGAGGAGCCUGGGUCCCUUCUCCUCCGUGGCACAUGGCACAAGCACAAGAAUCCGGCCAGGAGAGCCCUGCAGCUCUGGGCGAGCCAGCGGAGGGUCGGACUGGCCCCUCCCUUCGGCCCUCCCCCCUGCAGAAUGGGGCAGGCGGGACCUGGAAUGUGUUGGAGGGAAGGGGGAGUGCCACCUGAGCGCCCCGCCCCCACUCCAGCUACUCCGGAGGAGCCCGCUGGCCCGA